AUGGCCUCUUGGUGCCGGUUGCCUGUGGUACCGGAGUCCUGGGUACGAGCGAGCACAAAAGCAAUCAUAAAGGAUCAAUCUCGAGACAAGCGCACUGACAUCAGAUUCUUAUCCCAAUCAUAUUCUUUGCAAGACAUUGAGUCUGUGGACAGGUGUUGUUUCCUACGUCAUUUGAUGCGGUUUUACCUGGCAAAUGUUUUCAAACACUGUGAGGAAGCCAGUGCCCUGGUCAGGAGGAAAGUCAGCAGCAUAGCCAACAGCUUUCUCCAUAUCAAGAAGGACUUGAGGCUCUGUCAUGACGCUGGCGUGUGUCACUGCACCGAGGACGCGAAGCAGAAAUACAUGCAGAUCCUGGGCCGGUUUGAAGAGAUGGACGCUCAGUCUGCAGCCAUCAAAGCUCUUGGGGAGCUGGAUAUUCUGUUGGACUGGAUGGGCAGGACUGAUUAG